ACCAACAAACACUGAGUACAAAGACCCAUUUGCAUUGCUUUUACAUCUACACUAAGAAAAUAAAAUCACCAUGUCGGAAGAACAAGCCAACACCACACCCCCUGCCAGUGAAGAGAAGGAGUCGCAAGAAGAGAGCACCGCCGAGUUCGCCCCUGUGGUACGUUCCGUAAACCGAACCAAAUGAAGAAGCAAGCACAAUCCAGCGUUGUGCUGUUUCCAUUGCGUUGAUUUCGUUUCCACAGAUAGUACUGGUAUUGCUACAGAUGAUGAACCUUGUCGGUGCCAUCGGAUUAUUUUAUGGAGAGAAUCUAGGGACGAAUGGGAACGCACCUAAGCAGAGCGAAACAAAACGAAACGUCGCAUCGGAAUGAGAGUUUCGUUGGAUCGACUUACAUCUCUUCCGAGAAACAUGGUUCGAAAACGAUUCGUCGAUGACAGUGGGACUCGCGUUGCAUUUUCGUGCGUUAUUAUUAAUCGCUGGCUCACAACAAACCGUCCUUGGUUUUCUUUUCGUUGUAAUAUGAUUUAUCUGUAUCCUUGCCACGCUCUGUUGCAUGUCGUGCAUGCCAUGCCAUUAAAUUGGAUUGAAAAUUUGAAUGGUUUGUAUUGCAUACUGAUGUAAAUCAAUAACAUCCAUCAACUCGACGUUCGGCUAUUAAUUUGACAAUUCGUGAAUUUCCCAUCACGAUACGAACUUUACCACGCAACAACCAUAACUGAAAUGCCAUCUGCUAUGAACGCAUCCUCUCUCAGGUCGAACUUGAGGAAGUUGAUGUUGUUUCUGGAGAAGAAGAGGAGAAUGUCGAAUACACGCAACGAGGAAAGCUCUUCAUCUACGGAGAGACCAUGCUGGACGUCGGUUCGGGCAACAAGACGUGGAAGGAGCGCGGAAUCGGUGACAUUCGCAUCCUUAAGCACAAACAAGAGCAGCGCCUUCGCGUCCUGAUGCGACAGGAAAAGACCAUGAAGGUCAUUGUAAACCAUGCCCUCGAUCCCCGCAUCAAGCUGGAGCCAAACGCCGGAUCGGACAGAUCGUGGGUCUGGUCCGCCUUUGACUUUGCCAGCGGGGAACUCGUGGAGACCGUCUUCGCCAUUCGGUUCGCCGAUUCCGAUAUUGCCAACAAUUUCAAAAAGGUAUUUGAAGAAAAGCAGGCCGAGAUGCAAAGCAUCUUGGACGGUGAAGAUGCUGCUCCCUCCCAGGAGGCCGACGAAGCGACCGAGGCACUAGCAGGCCUGUCUACCAAGGAAGAGGAGGCCGCCAAAGAAGAGUAAACCACUCUCCAUACAAAUGAUGCUUGUUGACAAUCGAACAAACAAACAAAAACCUA